CUGAGUGGGAGGCGCCGCGAUUGGUGGUCGUCGUUCGAAACCGAAAAGUCCCGUUUGCUGUGACGGUCAUUCGGACGUGACAUCGGCGAAGUGAGAGCCGUUUCCGCAUUCCCGUCGUGAGCUUGACUGUUGACAAUCGGGGAGCGUUUCCCCGGGAGCCCAGCCGAGAGCAACGCACCACCCGCCGGGCGCAGCCAUAGUGGAAGACCAUGUGCCAUUUGUGGUUUAAUACAAGUGACCUGUCCACGGACAAAGACUAAGGAAGAACCCGUGUGAAGUGAAUCGACAUGGCCAUGUUCAAGCCCGAGAAUGUGGAGGACUUCUAUGAGAUCGGGGAGGUGCUGGGGAGCGGCCAUUUUGGUGAAGUCCGUCGGCUCCGAGAGCUGGCCACGGGAACGUACUGGGCGGGCAAGUUCGUGAAGCUACGCAAGACAUCGUGCAGCCUUCUGGGCCUGGAACGGAGCCGCGUGGAGCAGGAAGUGGAGGUGAUCCAGGCCCUGCGGCACCCCAACAUCAUCGCCCUGAAGGAUGUCUUUGAGAGUCGCGCGGAGGUGGUGCUCAUCCUGGAGAUCGUGAGCGGCGGCGAGCUGUUUGACUUCAUCGCCGAGAAGGAGAUCCUGAUGGAGGACGAUGCCAUCGAGUUCAUGAAGCAGAUCCUGGACGGGCUGGGCUUCAUGCACGGCAAGAACAUCUGCCACUUCGACCUGAAGCCAGAAAACAUCAUGUUGUCGGACAAAGGAUCGCCCCAUCCCAACAUCAAACUCAUCGACUUUGGCCUCGCCCACCAAUUUCUACCUGGGGAGGAGUACAAGAGCACCAGUGGCACCCCUCAGUACAUCGCCCCGGAGGUGAUCAAUGGCGAAGCCCUGGCCACGGCCACCGAUAUGUGGAGUAUCGGCGUCAUUACAUACAUCCUAUUGAGUGGCAUGUCGCCCUUCCAGGGCAACACGGAUGAAGACACGCUGAGGAACGUCCUGGCCCUGGCCUACGAGUUUGACCCGCAGUGCUUCAGCACCACGAGCUGCACAGCCAAAGACUUCAUCCAGAAACUCCUGGUCAAGAAUCCCAAUGACAGACUGACAGCCAAGGAGUGUCUUCUUCACCCGUGGAUCAAGCCCCUGACGCGCCAACAAAAAGCUACCAGGAAUCGAUCGUCCAUCAACAUGAAGAACUUCAAAAAGUUCAACGCCAGAAGGAAGUGGAAGAUGUCCUACAACAUGGUUAGGAUCUGCAACCGCCUGGUUCGUUUAAAACUCUUGUGUCGAGGCAGCUCAGAUGCACCCGAGAGACAAUGUGAAAGCGACGCAGAGGACACAGAGAGCAAACCUGCGUCGUUGCUACGAAGACGUCUCAGUAGCAAUUCCUAGAGCCGGCCACCAGCGGGCACCGGCGAGCGGUCAAACUAAGGACGGACUGUUUUUAUUUGGCCACGUGCAGCAUUCUCACUCGGGAUGUAGCAUAAGAUCGAUCAUGGAAAGUGUUUAAGCAUUGAUUCCGCAUCCUUGACCCCCAUGUACAAGUAUGCAUGCAAAUACACGACCCCAUUAUUUUCCUAUAAUGUCAUGGGAAAUGGUAGCC